ACCUAUCGGCUUUCGUACAAAUGGCAGACGGUGAUCGCAACAAGAAAACGUAUACUUUGGCCGAAGUGGCCGAGCAAAAUAGUAGUGAAUCUUUGUGGCUGGUUAUGGACAAGAAAGUUUACGAUGUUACAAAAUUCUUGGAAGAGCAUCCCGGAGGAGAAGAAGUUCUUUUAGAACAAGCAGGUAAGGAAGCAACAGAUGCAUUUGAGGAUGUCGGUCAUUCAACAGAUGCUCGUGAUAUGCGGGACUCUUAUUACAUAGGCGAUAUUGUAGAGAGUGAGGAAGAUGAAGGUCAACCGGAUAUCCCCAAGAAGCCUCCCGUUGAAACUAAUCAGAAACAAGAAUCUCAAGACAGUGGCAGCUUUGGUAUAUUGGCAUUCUUGGGAGUUAUCGUUCUCAUUGCAGCAGUUGGGUAUUACUACUAUAGUAGGUAAUUGCUCUCAUUGUCAGUAGCAGCUGACUGAUCAUAGUAUGUAGUUGUACUAGCUACAGCAAUAAUAGUAUUACACUUCAGUUGGCUUAAUUAA